AUGGCAGUGGCAACCAUGGCAAGGGUAGCUCCUAAGCUCUGCGACUCAUACUCCUCGAAUCACAAGCUUUUGUUAAAACCCACAAAAAAGAAUCUCAUGGGUUCCUCAAAGUUCUUCUUCCUCAAUGCCCCGAAUCUCUCAUCAAAUGCAACGAAAAAAGGACCGUAUCAUCCUAUCCACGCCUCCAACUCUCCAAGAGAAGAAGAAAGUUCGAGCAUGAAUAACAGCAACACCAUCUCUCAGGAGGACUUGAACUAUUUGUGGAAACUAGGAGCUGGUUCUGUUGCUGCUGCAGCUCUGAUAAAAUAUGGAAGCAUCCUUUUUCCUGUAAUAGCAAGACCCAAUAUCCUCCUAGCUUUGAUUAUGGUAUCAACUCCUGUAAUUCUUGCCAUUGAUUUUGAUCCACCAAAGUCAUAAAAAGUGAAUGAAUUCCAUUUUCUUGUGUAUUGGUACAGAAUUAUACUCUGAAACAUUUUGGUAUAUUAUUAAAUGAUUAGAUAUUUUCAUUCAUGAAGGGAAAAUUUUGCAAA